UCACAUGAUCAAAGCCCUCACAACCACUCCGACUUAUGGAUAUGGCGGUUUGUUCGAGGUGGAGAAAAAUGGCCGCGAGGACGUGACUUGUGGGCGGGGCUUGCUGCACGAUGGAUUUUACCUCUAGAAGACGGAACGAGUAACUGUUACCAUAGCAACACGUAAUGUGGGAACGUCACUUCGUCGGCUGCAUGACGUCACACGCCGGACGCCACUGAAAAUCCGCAGAGACCUCCUGAGAGGACGAGAGACGGCAAGAGACAUGCCUUAUAAUAAACCUAAGAAAGAGAAGGAGCCGGUGAAGGUCUCCGCAGGGAGAGGGUCCGUGAAGAACGGGAAAGAUGCCGGAGGGGCUGCAGCGGAGGAGGCUCAGCAGGGGGUGAACAAGCGCCCCAGCCCCAGCGCUCCGCCCACAACUCAGCUAAACAAGAUCCAGUAUGGCGGUGGAGGACAAGUGGUGAAGCGGGAGCGAAGGCAGAGUUCAUCCAGAUUCAGCCUCAGCAAGAACAGAGAACUGCACAAACUUCCACCGCUGAAAGCGUGA